AUGGGGGAGGCAACCUUGUCCUUGGGCCUGAACAAGGUCGAGUACCCGAGGGUGGAGGCGGCGGAUGCGGCUUUGGCCUUCACUCUGAGCACCGGCGGCGGCGGCGGCGGCAGCUGGGUGGUGGAGAUGGAGAAGACGAUCGGCGACAUGAACGUCGACCCGGCGGUGGAGAUGGCGCGCUGGAAGCGCCACUCCGUCUACCGCGUCCCGGAGCGGAUCAAGAACCUGCACAACAGCAAGGCGUACCAGCCGGAGCUGGUCUCGCUGGGGCCCUUCCACCACGGCGACCCGGAGCUGCUCCCCAUGGAGGAGCACAAGCGCCGCGCCGUCGUGCACCUCGUCAAGCGCUCCGGGAAGCCGCUGCGGGAGUUCGUGGCCGCCGUCGCCGAGGUGGCCACGCAGCUGCUCGACGCCUACAAGGACCUCGGCGACGAGUGGCGCGGCGCCGACAACCGGGAGCGCUUCGUGGAGCUCAUGGUCACCGACGGAUGCUUCCUGGUGGAGGCCAUGCGGAUGGACGCGCUGCGGGGGAAGGUGCACGAGGACUACGCGCCCAACGACCCCGUCUUCAGCAAGUACGGCUACCUCUACCUCUGGAACUACAUCCAGUCCGACAUGGUCGUCGUGGAGAACCAGCUGCCGCUGCUCCUCCUCCAGAGGCUCCUCGUUGUCAUGGACCAUGACAGAUAUCAGGUACCGUGCUACUACUACACUUUAUCUCAUCGAUCCAUAAAUUUUCAACGCUCAUUCGGUCUCUAA